AUGAUUGCAGCAGUGGAAUCAAUCCUUUGUCAGACGGAGGCAAUGGAGGUGACUAAGAGUCUCAUCCGACACCAAGUGUCGUCUCUCCUGAUGGCCCACAGGCCGCGGGAAGUGCUUUCUAAGGUCGAACGUGAUGCGCUUAGAGAACUCAAGGCCGACAAAGACCUGGUCAUCGUGCCAGCGGACAAAGGGCGCGCCACGGUUGUCCUGGACAGGACAGAUUACCUUCAAAAAGCCAAAGGUUUACUGGAGGACCGACAGUUCUAUGUCCCAUGUGCAACGAACCCUGCAAAAGCGCUGACACGCAAAAUUAACGCUACGUUGUUGGCUUUGGAGGACUCAGCUGCAAUAACACCGACCGACAGACGCAUGGCGAGACCCCAAGAUAUGGCUUUGGCCUCCCUAUGGUGCACAAAAACGGUGCUCCUCUCCGACCCAUCGUGUCCCUCAAAGGUACUCCAACGUACGGACUGGUUAAGUGACUUUUCCGGCCUCCCUAUGGUGCACAAAAACGGCGCUCCUCUCCGACCCAUCGUGUCCGUCAAAGGUACUCCAACGUACGGACUGGCUAAGGGACUUUUCCGGCGUCUCAAGUUCCUGACCGCUGAGUCAGACACCACGGUCUCUUCGUCAGCACAAUUCCUGGAGAAACUCAAAGGGGUAAGCCUCCAUCCAAAUGAGGUCAUGGUAUCUUUUGAUUUUACAUUCCUGUUUACUUCUAUUCCCCAGGACCUGGCGAUCGAGACAAUCGAGCUGCUUCUACAAAGCAAAUACAAUGAAACGGAGAAUCGUCUUGGACACGCCCAAGUCCUUCAGCUCCUGAAGCUCUGUCUCAGGACGUACUUCACGUUCGACGGGACAAUCUACGAACAGGUGAAGGGCACACCGAUGGGUUCGCCGAUUUCGGGGUUCCUCGCCGAGGCGGUCCUGCAUCGGUUAGAGUCACUGGUCUUCGAACAUCCAAGACCGACGUUCUGGGCACGGUAUGUGGAUGAUACUCUCGUCAUCAUCGAACGGGAUUAG